AUGUCAGCUUCAGCUUCGACUUCCAAAGACGCCGCUGGUAAAGCUGAGGUUGCGAAGCCCGCUGAGACCCAACCUUCGCUUGGGGUGUUGGAGGAGGAUGAUGAGUUUGAGGAGUUUCCUGUUGCUGAUUGGGACGACGCAGAAACCGACCUCGCGCACCUCGGAGGCGCAGCACCCGGCGCUGCCAAAUCGGGCGGCGACAAGCUUUGGGAGGAUAACUGGGAUGAUGAUGAUAUUGAGGAGGAGUUUAGUGUGCAGUUGAGGGCAGAAUUGACGAAAACCAAAUCCUCAAACAGUGACGCUAUGGAGCAGUGA